AUGUGUAGCAUCCCCUUGUGGAAAAUCUAUCUCCGAGUCACCUAUUUGCAUAGUGAAAUGGCUGGAACUGUCGUUGAAAAUUUAAGCAAUCGAAAGCUCUCGUACAUACUUCUGGCGCUGCUAUUAGCUGAGAUAGUAUUUUUCUUGGUAGGAGCGUGGUACGCUCCUGUUCCAUCGUCUACAAUGGAAUACGAGAUGAUCAAGUGCCGCGACUCAUCCAGUGGCAAGACCGACAAGUGGUUUCAUAUUCGACCAAAGCAGUGCAACAUCAUAGAAGAUCUCUCUUCGUUCACGCCGUCUUCUUUCGAUUUGCGUGAAAUUGUCUUCGUUGCGCAAAUGCCACACGUAAGAGAUCGCGUCCAGCUCGAGUACUCUCCAUGGUUUCAAUUUUUGCUUGGACUUCUGCAAGUUGAAGUGGAGUAUAGCGAUGUUUUCAAGUAUGUAGAUGGAGCGUUGCUAGAACUGGAAGUGCGGUUGGGGUACCGCGAUAAUUCAGACAGUGCAGACGGUUGGCAUGAGUUAGUUGCAACGAAUAUAACUCGGAAACUUGAAUGCAGCAUUUCACCUGAGAAGACAUCUAAUGGUAACAUGUAUGAAUGUGGAGUGUUGGAUCUUUUCGAGAUGGGUUCCAAUAGCUACCCAUUCUAUUUGCUCAACAUUCGUAUUCCAAUUAAUCAAACAGCUUGCAGGCUCAACCCGAGAAACCCUAACUGCCAGAUUGGGAAGAUAGCAAAUCUUCGUGUGGUGACAAUUCACCAAAAUGGCGGAUUUACUUUGGUGUGGGUAUGGUUAAAAACUUUCCUUUUCCCUGCUAUAGUAGUUGCAAUUUGGUGGUACUGGAGCAGAGUAGAUAAGCUUGUCCGGAAGCCGCUACUUCUUGAGAAGGCAAUAAUGACGCUGGGUGUAAGCAUGGCUAUUCUUGAUUUUCCAUUGGAGUGGAUCUCGUUGAUUGUACGAGUUCCCUUCAUGUUAUUACUCGGAGAUAUACGACAAGGUGCUUUUUACGGAGUACUGUUCGCUUUCUGGCUUAUAUUCGCAGGUGAACAUCUUAUUGACGACACUACAAGGAACAACAUUACUUCAUAUCGCUUCAACCUCUUCUUCAUCAUACUAGCUUCAUCUUUGCUGCUAAUUUACGAUGUGUGCGAACGUGGAUUUCAACUGAAUAAUCCAUUUUAUAGUAUCUGGUCCAGUGAAACUGGCUCACUUGUGGCUAAAGCCUCUGUCUAUACUGCCUCAUUAUGUGCCAUUCUUUACGUUGUAUUUCUUUUCGGUAAGAUCUGGAAGGUGUGGUGCACUAUCAAAAGUAAACGGUCAGCACAACUGUACAAAAAUUGUGAAAACAGACGUCUCAAGGUAGAAGCAGUCAUAUAUCGUUUCAAAUUUCUUAUGUUACUAACUUUGCUGUGCGCCGCUCUGACCGUUUCCUCAUACAUUAUAAAACAGUAUGGUGAAGCGCAAAUUCAUUCUGAUGAUCCCGAGGAGAGUGUGUUAACACAUGGCACGUCAGCAUUUUUCACUGGUACAUUUGGAAUGUGGAACAUUUACGUGCUGCUUUUAUUAGCUAUGUAUGCCCCGUCACACAAGAACUAUGAAGGAGCUUCCGAGCUGGUCGACGAGAGCGAAGGAUUGAUGGACGAUGCGUGUGAAUCUAACGCUAUGACAACGUUCUUGAAACCAGCUACUGAUUGA